AUGGCUUCAAAUUGUAUGACUAGAGGUCUGUGUUUCCCAACAAAUGCAUUGCAAUCAAUGCAAUGGUCGUUACAGUGCAGACCUCUAUCCGCCCGCAGACACACAUCACGUGUCAAAAGGGUUGCGUUUCAAAGACAUCGUCGCGAAGACUAUGACUACCGGAUGGCGAUCGCCGUCACCGCCGAUGACAAGUACUACGUGUGGAGACAUCCCAUCGAUGGCCGCAAAGCAUGCAUUCACAAAGCGGUUCCCGAGUCCACCACCAUUUUGCAAACGUUUCCCGAUUUGUGUCAACCGGUGGUCACAAGCGAUGGUCACAAACACGGCGUCAAAGUAGUGGCCGUUUUUGGCAGAGAUGGCGAAGAAGUGAUUGUCGUCACCGCCGAUGACCGCGUCUUCGGCUUCGGUGCCAACCGUUUCGGUCGACUCGGACUCGGAAGCUUGGAUCAGAUGAGACACUUUGAGUGGAAACCGAUUCCCAUUGAAGACCCGAAGCCGAAGACAGCGCCAGAGUUUGUCGAUCAGAACACCGGCGGUAGUGGUAGUAGUAGUGGUGGACCUGUUGUUGGCGAAGAGGAGGACAGACAACAGCCCAAAAUCUAUGCGAAGGACUCAAUGGACAGAUUCGGUGACGACUUGUGUGCACUCAUACUGUCUUAUCUGCCACUCAAACAUCGGUUUCCAUUGGAAUGUGUGUCCAAACAGUUCCGGAGGAAAGUCUUCGACAGUGUUGUGAUAAUCAAAAUCAGAAACCAAUUGUUUGGACUGAAAGGCAAUACAAGCGCUGAUAUCAUAAAAUUGUUGGAAAGAGUGGCCGAAAAGUGUCCAAACAUUCAAUUCAUUGAUUGUCAGAACCGUAAGGGAAGCGACGCUCUGGAAAUGUUUCCCACAAUUAGUCACAAAUUCCCGCAUUUGAGGGAAAUUUACUGCUAUUUGGUUGGAAACAGCGACCAAUGGUUACCAGUGUUGGCGCCACUGAUCACACGAGUGUUUGUCAAUCACAACAUCCAAUCUCUCACUCAAUGCCACCGAUUGUCUCAUUUAGAAGUGGUUUUCUUGAGCCAUGUCUUCGACAGCACUUCCGAUGAACUAUUGGUGAAGAAUUUACAAGACUUUAAGUUCUUGAUGAUAGCGAGCGCUGAAGAAUACGACCGGUUGUCCCGAUUCGUGGCCGGGAAUCAGUCACUCAAAGAGCUUUCAAUUGAAGUUCACGUGAAAACAUCUUUGGCUGAAAUGGCGAAACAAUUGUCUCGAUUACCACAACUGCGGUCAUUAGGACUCAGUAUAGCUCAGGGAUACCGUGUGUAUCAAUUGGGCGACCCAUUGGCCGACUCUUUGCGUACAAUUGGCAUGAAUUGCAAACAAUUGAAACGAUUGUCACUCAAGUGCUGGCAUUACGCGACACUCAAUCCGUUGAAAGAUUGGCCGCAAUUAAAGCGAUUGCAUUUAGAGCUCUUGGAGAUCAAUGAUUGGGAACUAUUGGAACCGUUGAGACACUGCCGACGGUUAACACAUUUGAGUGUAUAUUUGGAUAAAAUGGGAACCAAUUAUCUGUUGGAUUGCGACAAACAUUGGCCACGACUUCAGUACCUAAACGUUAGGCAUAGAGAUGGCGAGCAUUCAUACGAAUCAGACAUUGAUAUCAGAGACACUGAUUUCGAGGAACUAGAUGGCGAGCAUUCAUACGAAUCAGACAUUGAUAUCAGAGACACUGAUUUCGAGGAACUGUUCUCAAAGAGUCCUAAACUCAAGAACAUUACAAUCCGUGAAAACAAAGUCUUGUUAUUUGAACGCAAAUAA